AUGCCAUCCGAUGAUGAAGAUUUCGGAGAUCUGACUUAUGAUCAGUGUACACGUAACAAACAACUGCUGACCAAAAAUCUGAACUAUGAUCAAGCUGAUGCACUAGCUAAAUUGAAUGAACAACCAUCGCAAGAUUUAGUUCAUCAAAUUGGUGCUAUACUCGAUUCGUGGUUGAAACAGCUUAGAAAAUUAGAAGCUCUAGACCAGCAAAUUCUCGACCUACUCGAUCCUAAGGCCUACAAAGAUGCCAAAGAGCUGGAAAAGGCUGAAGAUGAAGUUGUGAAACCCUACAAUGAUUCUCGAAAGAAAUUCAACGAAGCCAAAGGUUUGUUGAGUGCAAUGGCAGCUCGCAUCAACAAAGCUGAUCAAGCUGCUCAGCAAAUGGCUAAAGCUCGUAAAUCCAUGGAUUCGUCAUUCGUUGGUGAAAAUAUGCUCGGAAACCCGCUCGCUAAACUACCAGACAUCAAAGUGCCUAAAUUCGAUGGUGAUAUUACCAAUUUCACUGAAUGGCAUUCGAUGUAUGUAGCAUUGGUUCAUUCGAACGAUAUGCUGCAACCAGUGCAUAAACUCUUCUUCCUCAAAGGUGCUCUCAUCAAGGAUGCCGAAUACCUCCUCAAAGAGACACCAGUGAAAGAGGGUAUGUACGAACUCGCAUACCAAGCAGUAUUGACUGAAUAUUUCAAUGUUCGAGCCAUUAUUGCUGCUCAUUUCGGUAAACUACUCGAUAUGCCGUCAAUUACGUCAUCCACAUUACGCGAUUCGAUCAGUAAAAUUCGAGCACUUAUCAGAGGUUUACAAACAUGCGAUAUCGAUGUUGCGAAGAUGUCUCCUCUCAUAACGUUCAUCACUGUUCGAAAACUGCCCGAAAAACUUCGAAUAGACUGGGAAAACAGCAACCUAGACUAUUCCGCAUAUCCCUCGUUGGACUCACUCGAUAAAUUUCUCAGCGCUCGUUGUUUUGCUUACGAAACAGCCAAUCUGAUGUCUUCUACCUCGAAAGCGACACCAGAAAAAACAAACGGCUCUUCAAAGAAGACAAAAUCUACGUUGGCAGUCUCGAGUCCUUCCAGUACUUCGCCGCAGACUACUCAACGAACUCCCUCGACUGUGCUGAAAUGUUUCGACUGCGGAGAAGCGCAUUACCUCUCACAGUGUCCGAAAUUUCAGGCAAAGAACGUCACAGAUCGCGAACUGUACGUUACCUCGAAAAAACUGUGCAAAAAUUGCUUGCGUCCUGGACACACUAGCAACGUUUGUCGCUCCUCGAAAUGUCGCACGUGUGAAAAGAAUCAUCACACUAUGCUUCAUCCCGAAUCAAAACCAGACCCGAAAUCCGAUGACCAGACAAAAGCAGUAGUAGCGAUUCGUUCCGGUAAAGACGUACUUCUGCCUUCUGCUGUCAUCAAAGUGCAAAUUGGCAAGAAAUUUGUACUCGCUCGUGCCUUAAUCGACUCGUGUUCACAAGUCAAUCUCGUCACCGAAGCGUUUGUGAACAAACACCAUCUCGUUAAACGCCCGUCUGCCUACAGCCUCGAAGGUAUUUCAUCUCAAACGGUGCAUACAAGCUAUGUUGUGUCGUUUACGGUGAAAUCGCGUUUCAAUAAAGCUCAGCUGAAAAUCGAUGCUGAACUUAUUGGCUCACUACCUUACACGAUCGACUCGAAAAUGCAACGACACGUUGCCACGCUCGAACCAGACCUCGCUCUUGCCGAUUCGGAACUCGAAACCAGCCACGUUGACAUUCUCAUCGGUGCUGAAUACGUCAGUCGUAUCAUGACUGGCAACAAGAAGUUCGUCGGUGAUCUCGCAUUCGAAGAAUCGCUCUUCGGUUGGCUCACGAUCGGAGCUGUCAAAGUUCCACCUCUCGAACGAAAAUGCUGUUUGCUUAGUACAACAACUCACGAUGUACUUGCUAAAUUUUGGGAAAUUGAAGAAGUUAAUCCUCCCAAAAUUACUCUCAGCGAACAUGAGCUUUGGGAAAACCACUUCCAAAGCACACGAAUUCGAUUACCCGAUGGCAGAUUCCAAGUUCGAUUACCUUUCAAGGAUUCAACUGAUAAACUCGCCAACACGUAUCCUCAAGCUCUCAGCGCUUUGUUGAAGUACGAGAAAUCGCCACUUCGACCUCGAUAUGCCGAAUUCAUGCGCGAAUAUCUCAAUCUCGGUCACAUGCGUCUCAUUAAAGAUCCAGAUGCAGUACAGCGAUACUACAUACCGCACUUACCCGUAUUACGCGAAGACAGCUCGACAACAAAACUGCGUGUAGUAUUCAACGCUUCUGCGAAGAACAAAUCUGGUCUUUCUCUGAACGAUAUCUUGCUGAACGGUCCGAUUCGUCAAUCGUUUCUAUUCGAUAUUCUCAUUUGA